UAUAAAUGUAUCUAUUUGAUGAAUGUGUUUGCGGUAGUACUUUAGCCAUCGUAGAUAGGGCUUGGCUUUUUACUAAUUAGCUGGCAAAGAAAUCAAGAGAGACCCGGAGCCGACGACCUUGUGGGGAGAGCUGUCGAGUGGGGAGGGAUCAAAGAACAGCGAAAACAGAAGGCUGCAGUAAAUGACUCCAUUAAAAUUCACUUUUACCUUAAUGAUUCGCGUUAAGAUAAUCUGAGAAAUUUUGAGAGCCAACAGCAGAGAGUAUCAGAGAGUUACUGAGAAAUGGGGAGCGACACAUUCUCAGUAUCUCUCUCUGGGGACUGCUAUCUAAUCAAAACAAAUAAUUCUGUCGGCUCAUGGCAGCUUGAUUCAUUAAUUCAGUUCCAUUUUCCGAAGCAAGCGGUUUGAUCGUACAGACCUGUUCUAAAAAAAAUGCAACAGUAACAAUAUAAAGAAAGACUUCCAAACCGCAUAUAAAAGUGCAACAAGAGAUAUAGUUACCUAAUAUACUCAAGAAGUUACCCGAUACGGUAGAAUCCAAGGAAAAGCGAAAUUAAAAACCGAAACUGAUACUACAAUGAAGCACAAAUUUCUGCUGCUGCUUCUGGCCGGAAUGGCAUUACUUCACAAAACUGAAGUCCUGGCCCAGCAUGAGGACAUUCCAUACCAGGCGGUGGCCGACAUCUGCAAGACUUGCACCUGCCAAAAUUCCCAGGACAGCGAACAUCGGACACACUUUACACUGGACUGCUCGGUGCGAAAUUUUGAGCACAUCCUGGCCCGCUGGCCGACAGAUCUUAGCGCCCAGGCACUGGCAGCAGGAGCAAGCACCCAAAUCCUCCUUUCGUACUCCGGCAAUCAGAUAAAGUUGCUCCAACAGCUGCCGGCCACAAAUGCCAGUCUGUCGCUGUCCUGUCGUCAUUGCGGACUAAAGGAUCUGCAGGCCCCGCUCUUCAUGGAUGUACCCAACGUGGAGGGGCUAUACCUUAGCUGGAAUGAACUGACUGAUGAUGCUUUGGUACCGGAUCUAUUCAGAGGACCUUUUCGCGGUAAUCGCUACGAGCCAAUCGGCUUGAGGGACUUGGAUUUGAGUCACAAUUUGAUUGCCCGCCUGGAUAGACGCCUCUUUGAGCACACACCCCAUCUGACUGCAUUGAACCUGGCCUACAAUAAACUGAGCGUCCUGGACGCAGCCACCGCUGCCUCCCUGGCGGCCGUGAGCACUCUCCAGAGAUUGGAUCUCUCGCACAAUGGACUGAUGUCGCUGCCUGCUGAAGUUUUUCCAAAGCUGGUUAGCUUGCGCGUUUUGGAUAUCUCCGGAAAUGAAUAUUCUGCCAUUCCUCCGAGCAUCCAACAGUUGGGCAAGUCACUGGUGCAACUUAACUUGGCAGGGAACAAGCUCAGCCACGUCAAAUCCGGGAGCCUCCAGGGCUUGGAUGCUCUGAAGCGCCUCAAUAUCAGCGGAAUGCAUAGUCUGAGAAUUAUAGAGAAGGGAGUUUUCAACUUACCAGCCCUGGAGCAGGUGGAAUGCUCUAGAAAUGUUCAUCUGGAGCACCUGGAUCUGGCAGAUUUUUUGGUGAGUCGUAACCUCUCACAGUUGGACAUAUCCAGGAAUUCCCUGAACACUCUGGUAUUAAAUGGAACCAGUAGCAACUCUACAGCUCAGGAACCGUGGCCACGUCUUCGUCGUCUGAGCAUUUCUGGGAAUCCCUGGGAUUGCAGCUGCCAACUUUUGAAAUCCCUGGAACUAACUGGCCUCAGCCACAUAGAACAGCAGACGGAUGGGUCGGAGGCGCGUUGUGAGACUCCGUAUGUGCUGGCCGGAGCACCAAUCUCUAACUUAACGUCCGAAAAAAUAUGCAGUAUGGUGAUUCCCAAGAAGUACAGGCCAGUGGAUGAGGAACCGCCGCGUUUCCUGCGCCGCCGCUACAUCAUACUCACGGCCAUCAUAGCCAGUGUGGUGGUGGUGAUUGGCCUGAUCAUCGGCUUCAUUGUCAGCUGCGUGCGCCGGCGGCUUAAGGGCACUGAUUACGGGGUGCAGCCCAUUCGAUACACAAGUGUUAGGGGUAGCAAUAUAUCGGCUAUCUCGCAACUUCAACCCACCUCGGGGGCUAGUAAAUUCAAUAAUGUCCACUCCACCAAGAGCUCUGCGCCUGCCACAACAGGAGCUUCGCAUGCCUGAAAAGGAGCCGGGAUUCAAAAUCCGCAUCAAUUUCGACUACCGAGUAAGUUGCACAAGUUUCGAGCCAAAGAUGUUCACGCGAGUGUUCCAGCCACUGAGUAAGACGUGCUUUCCUGUAUAUAAUGUGUCCUUAAUGAUAAAUCCCCUAUAAAGGAGGUUGACCUUCUUCAAGAUUCCUAUACCCCGAUCGAAAGUAACCACCUAGUUUUAAGGGCUGCCAUCGAUGUUUGUAUUGUACUUAAGUUUCGAAAAUUAGUGUGUAAAAAAUAAAAAAUUUUCAUAGAGAAAUUA